UGACAGAUUUUACUAGAAAUUUGCAAUCAUGAUGAUUUUAAAUCAAUUCUCUCUUGGUCUGCAGUUUUGAUGUGCAAAAUGGACCUUUAGCUGCUGUAUUUAUUAAGGAUGCCUUGUCAAAGUGUCCUCCGUUAAGGCCGUUGUGUUUGAUCUUGAAAGUAUUUUUGCAACAACGGGAACUGAAUGAGGUAUAUUCUGGAGGAAUAGGUUCUUAUGCACUCCUUGCUAUGCUCAUGGCAAUGUUGCAGUCUCUCCCCAAGUCCCAAGCUGCUCCAGAACACAACUUGGGAAUCCUUUUGGUACACUUUUUUGAUUUCUAUGGACGCAAAUUGAACACUUCAGAUGUUGGUGUAUCUUGCAAAGGGGCAGAAACCUUUUUCUUGAAGAGUAACAAAGGGUUCACAAAUAAAGGACGGCCAUUUCUACUCGCAAUUGAGGACCCACAGGCACCUGAGAAUGAUAUUGGGAAGAACUCCUUUAACUACUUCCAGAUUCGAUCGGCUUUUGCAAUGGCUUUCACAACAUUGACAAAUCCUAAGAUCAUCAUGGACCUAGGCCCUAACAGAAGCAUUCUUGGUACUAUAAUUAGACCAGACCCUGUCUUGCUGGAGCGCAAAGGAGGGUCUAAUGGGGAUGUAACCUUUAACAGUCUGCUUCCUGGAGCUGGCGAGCCAUUACAACACCAAUAUGGAGAGCAGCAAGAGAUUUUGUGCAAUUGGCAAUUAGGUGAUGAAGAAGAACCGCUGCCACGGGGAAAUUACAUGGCCGGGGAAAGUUCACGUUCCUCAGGAAAGAAGAGGAAAGCUUCUUCAAAAGAGAAGACUAAUAAGAAGGCAAAAGAGAAUGGGGGUGAAUUGGGGAAGGUCAGAUAUGAAGAAAAUGGCUCAAGGAAAGAGAAAGGGGUGAAGAAGAAACGUUGGAGGCAUAACCGUGAUUCGUCUCAUUCUGUCGUUGGUAGGAGCUCCAAUGGUUAUGGCCAUUAUGUUGGUGGGUCUCCAUGGAGUAGAUAGAAAUUUUUUUCAUGCUUUUAUCUCUGGAAGGUCCUGCAAAAUCUGGUUUUUACAUCCACUGCAAGUGGUUCAUUGCAAUCCUCCAAAUGUUUGAUGAGCUGUGAAUGUCAAUUAGUUGACUUUUGCGGCAACUGUAGAGAACACAACAUCAACACUAUUUGGGGCUGAACUCAAGGAUGAAUUCAUGUCCGCCGCAGUCAAAGGUGCAAACUGAGCCUGUAGCUAUUCUGAAUUAUGGGCUAAUCCUGUCACCUGGACAAAGUUGACGUCAAAUAAUGGAAUUUGACGGAAGUCUGUAACUGUUAAAACAGUUUCAGUAAUGUAAUAUGUGCUGUUAAAUAAUAAACUCUUUCAUUUUAUUUCUGCUAAAAAACUGGUGUAAUGGAGAGACGUUGAACCUUGGGGAGAUGGAAAUAUUUUCCUUCCCAAGCGAAAUGGGGGCAAGAAUGCUGAUUAAUCACC